AUGAUCGUCAAAGUGUUCGACCACAUAUACAUUAGCAACGUGUACAAUGCGAACGAUAUUUACCACCUGAUAAAUUUAAACAUAGGGGGGGUGCUGACGUGCUUCCGUUGCAUGAGCAUCGAGUGGUGUCACCACGACCCCAAGGAGAACAGGAAGAUUUUCUACAAAGACAAGUUUUUAAACUGCAAGGGGGAAUUCUUGAGGGACCCCGGAGGAUGGGACCACUCCCCCUUGCCACUAUGUCAGAGCGUCUCACCAGUGAAAAAUGACCCUAAUUCGGCCGCAAAAAUUACCCCCUGUAGCAACAAUGCGGUCGACGAACCAACCGACGGGGGGGACCUUUUUGCAAAACCGUAUGCACACUACGAUUAUAUUAUUUACCCACAUGAAAUUCUUAAGAAGAAAAUUACCAAGGAGACCAUCGAUGAUUAUGUUAAAGCGAUGGAAAACUUGAAGGACGACGUAGAGGUGGAUUGCAUCUCCGUCGAGGAGGAUGAAGUGCCAGCAUCAGCAUCGGUAAACGAGGAGACAAAGGAUUGCAUCGGUGGAAUGGUAGACGAAGUCGACGCACCGCAGAGCAACGAAGGGGGGGAGAACCGAACCAGACAGAGAAGCAGCAGUUUGGCGGAUCAGAAAACUUUAUCUCACAGGAAGGGUACCAGUUCUAGUCCAAAGGAGGGGAACCACCCCGAGGGUAUGUCGAGAAGUGCCGAAAAUUUAAACGUGCCUAGCGAACAGGAUGGGAAGACCCCCCCGAAUGGGCAACAAAGAAGCACGCAAACGGUAUGCCAGCUGAAUAGAACCCUGAGGGAUGAAAAAAAUAAAACCAUCCCUUCCAGCAAUGUAUACAAAAUGAAGCAUAUGUAUUUGGAUAUCCUAGACACCUUCGACGAGAACAUCCUUAACCACGUGGACAGGGCCCAUGCCUUCAUCGAUGACGUGAUUAGGAAUGAGAAAAAUGUGUUGGUCCAUUGCAUGGCUGGUAUUUCUCGUUGCUCGUCUAUCAUUUUGUCUUACAUUUCGAAGAAAAAUGGGAAGAGCAUUGCCGAGAAUUUCGCCACUCUAAAAGAUCGCUACCCCUUCGCCCACCCGAAUGAAAACUUCUACAGGCAGCUGCUUCUCUACGAGAGGAUGAACUACACCUUAGAUGGACGAAGCGAAUACCACCGUGUCUAUGAAGAGAUAAAGCGCGACCGGGGUGCGCUGGAGCAGCUAAAAUGCUUGAACCUCAAAAAUGAGCCAGAACCCACGUACAAAUUUAGGUGCAAACUUUGCAGGUUUACCCUCUUCAACGACAAUGACAUCAUUCAGCACGAGUUGGACAAGUACAAGAUUAAGAAAAAGUACGGUCAUUCCUGCACGAGCAUCUUCAUCGAGAAGAAGGAGUGGCUCCUCACCGAGAACAAAAUGAAGGGCGUAUUAAUUUGUCCAAACAAAAAUUGCAGCGCGAAGCUAGGAAAGUGGUCUUGGACCGGAAUCUGUUGCUCGUGCGGCUAUUUACAAACCCCUGCCUUCAUGAUAAACACGUCCAACGUCGACCGCAUGAGGAUUAAUCCAAACUGA